AACACCGCACGCGCGCGAUCAUUGGCUGGCAAGUUAGUGAUCGCAACCGAAUCGCCGCGACUUUCUCGACCGUAGAUCAAAAUUCGUGUGCGGUGCACCAAGUGGCGGCGCACCCAACGCACCUUUUCCAUACACUGUACAUACACAGAACUUGCUUCUUUAGGUGCUCGCACAGCAGAGAGCUGCGAGAGCAGUCUGCAAUUUUUUACAGCAACAUAACCCCGUUAAAUCACACAUCGUCGUGCAGUGCACGGAAUUUACAGUGCUCGGAACAUUGUGCAGUGGCCAACUGUCAAAUCGAAUUUGCAGCUCGCCAAGGUCGUAGCGGGCAUCGAUCGUGUAAAAAGUUGUCUCGUACAGCUCAACCAGAUCUCAUUCUAUAGUUAAAGUGUAAAUAUUAACACAGGAGUCUCCUGGUCUGGUGAUUCACGCUCGCGUUCGUGUGCAUGUGUACUCAUCGUCACCGUCAUCGUUCGUCGUAGUUGUCGUCGACUCGAACACACUCGAGUCGCUGCAGCCGCAGUCGAGCAGAGUACAAGCAAGUCUAUAUACCUAUAUAGUCUCGAAUAUAUCUCUCGAGAAGAAGAGAAUCGAGUCGCACUCGGCUGCAGUCGUGGAGCAAAAAUGUGCAUCAUCGAAGCAAACGGCCAGAAAACAAAAACUGCAGUCUAUUAUUAACGAGAGACAGCUGGUGCGAUUAAUCCGAGGCGCGCGCGAGUCAGCGAGCGUUUUAAUAUAAAACACGAAAAAACUGGAGGCAUGCAGCAGCGUGUGUAUAUCUUGAUACAGGCGGAACUCGACUCGAGAGACAGGAGCCAGGCUGACUCCGUUCAGAUAAAGACGUAUAGAGUUGGAGUGUGAAAUUUAAAAGGCCCGAGCAGUCUAUCGUGUUACAGGCACGUAACGUAAAAGCCUAUAUACCGAAUAUACGUAUGUGUGACGUGUGUGUACCACAACAGUGUUUCGUGUAUACACACCGACAAUUUCGUACGUAUAUAUCUGUGUUUAGUCAACUAUACAUACAUACCAAUGCAGUGCUGUUGAUGAGAAAGAUUCACUCGCCGAACUGCUCCGAAGAAAAGUCCUGGGUAAUAUUUCGAUGGCUGCUAUCAACAAAGAGCUUAACCAACAAAUCAGCCCAAAAGAGUGAUUGCUGUCAAGUUGGCUGGAAAAUUAUUAAUCAUAAUAUGUGUUGUACGUGCGUUUGCGAUCAUGUAUGAUUAUUAAACAAAGAACAAACACGCAAAUAACCUAACUUUGUGCAGUUUUAUCGCAUCAUUCGACCGUCUGAAAGAAAUUUGACAUCAAACCGAUAAUCCAAGGUGAAGAGAUCCACAAGAACGACAGUUUUUUUACAUAGACUGCGAGGCUGUACUCAUCGGUCUGCCAGUUGAAACAUCAAAGUGCAUCUUUUUCAGUCAAAAUGGCGUCCCCGAGCAGAUGAAAAUCUGCCUGUCUCUUCUAUGCAAACAAUCGUGUACGACUGACAACAACAUCUUCGAGCGGUUAUCUCGCUGAAAAAGCUAUACGAUCGACUUUUUCUGCUCCGUUCUUUAAGUAAACAUACAAAUCUGCACACAAGCCUAUAUAUAUAUAUACAUACAUAUAUAUAUAUAUACAAGAUUGUAACCUAACAUGUCACGCAACCAAGUUGGCAAAGAAGCAGCAGCAGCAGGCCAGAGUACGCUGAGCAUCCUUCGUGAUAGGUCGGUAGUCAACAGCUGCAAAGUUUGCGGCAAAACCAACGACUUGCUUAGAUGUGUCCGCUGUAGGGGAGUUCUUUACUGUUCAAAGGAGCAUCAGCGUGAGGAUUGGAAAAGUCACAGGAUCUUUUGUAAUCAAGAGCCAAGUCAUAAGAGAGAAUUCGCUGAUCAAGAGCGGUCUUCUGCAACAAGUAGUCCUGAUAAAGUGGGAAUAAAAAAAGAAAAGAAAGAAAAAAAAGUUUAUAGUGAAAAAAGUGGUGAAAAAGUGCAUGGAAAAAAAGAAGUGAAUAAAAAAGUAGAUACUAAUUCUGGUGUCAAUGAUGAAAAUGAAGUAUCUAAAAAUCUAGUCCAACGUCAUACACAUGCAAGAAAAGAAACAGCAAAACGACAGCCAUCUUUGACUUCUGAAGGAAGUUCAGAAAACACAAUAUUAGAAUCUAAGUCAGAAGGAUUACACCCUUUACACAAUUCCAACUCACAAAACGUCCAAUCCACUAGCAAAUUACCCAUCAAACCUUCAAAUCAAUCUCCUAAUAUACCUCCGAAUAUACAAAACAUGCCAGAACUACCAACAAGUUCUAGAGUCUAUCAGCCUCAUUCAAAUGCAGCUCAAGCAGUAGAAAGAAAUAUAUUUGAUAAAAUUCAGAAUAUCUGUGCCAGUGUAGUUAGAGAUCUUACUACAUUUGGACUAUGUGUUGUGGAUGACUUUUUAGGACAUGAAAUAGGUUCUUUAAUUCUUGAAGAAGUUCUCAGGUUACAAAAGACUGGUACGUUUUCUGAUGGACAGUUGGUAUCUGCCAAAACUCAUGGAAAAGAUGUGAAAACAAUUCGUGGUGAUCAAAUUACGUGGUUAGAUGGUAAAGAAAGAACUUGCAGAAACAUAUCAAUGUUAAUAUCGAUAGUAGAUGCUGUAAUUACUAGGGCCAGUAAACUACCUAGAAAUGGAAAAUUAGGAAAUCAUAGAAUCAGUGGUAGAACAAAGGCUAUGGUAGCUUGCUACCCCGGCAAUGGGUCACAUUACGUAAAACAUGUAGAUAAUCCAAACCAAGAUGGAAGGUUGAUCACUGCCAUCUAUUACUUAAACAAAAACUGGAAUCGAGAGACGGAUGGGGGUGUAUUGCGAAUAUUCCCAGAAGGUGAAUUCUGGCGGGACAACGUAGCUGAUAUUGAGCCGCUAUUCGAUAGAAUACUAUUUUUUUGGUCGGAUCGAAGAAAUCCGCACGAAGUGCAACCGGCAUUCACAACUCGUUACGCCAUUACUCUAUGGUACUUUGACGACGAGGAAAGAACUGCCGCGAUUGCCAAAUAUCGCUCGGAAAAUUCAAAAAUGCCUCCACCGAGUUCAUGAAAUGUGAAACACGGCUAAAGACUAUAUAUGCGAAACGACGCUUCAAAUUAUAUACUACUGUACAUAUGUUUUUACGCACAACAAAGUACUGGUUAUACUUAAUCGUAUUACUAUUUGUUAGGAUGAAAUUACGAAUGAAAAGUGUUGCUUGAUAUUACAAAGUGCAUCGAAAAUGCAAACAUUCAAGUGGCGAAUAAUUUUAUGAAUAGUUUAUUAAGAUAAAAUUUAAAUGCUAUGAUCAAAAAUGGAACGUUAAACUGAAAAAUGUGCAAUAGUUUCAUACGUAAAGUCUUGACAAAAUUCUCUUGAACCAUUGUAUAUUAAGAAGUAACUGUUAUAUUGUCUUAAUUCGAUAGAAACUACUUGCUUUGAAUCUACUUUAUUUUUAUUACAUUUUGUGUGUAAAAAUGAAUAAUUUGAUUUACGUUGCAUUAGCGAUGGUUAAUAUGGUACGUAAGGCAGGUCAAUGGCCUCGAAAUGCAUCUAUAACUUCUGAUGAAUUACUAAUUCGUUAGUAUUUGAAAAAUUUAAUCAAAGAUGUUUAAAGAUAAAAUGAAUUACCCAUAAGUUUUGUAAUUUAUUAAUAUUACUGUCAGUUUAUUGCUAAAAUGGCUGGAAUUUUUGUACAAGGCAAUAACAGUUAUGGGUCUGAUUGUAUUCUAGAUGUUUUUUUUUUCUUCAUCUAACGUUUUAUUGUAAAUAUAGUAUUUAUUAAAAUAAGUAUGUAUUUUAUGUUUAUGAAUGAAUACUAAAAAUUGUAUAUUUUACUAUUAUCUAUUUAGCUAAUUUUCCACGUGAAAAAGCUUAUGAAAAUUCAAUUUUUAUAUUAUUGUAUUUUUGUUUGUUAAAUAAUAAAAUUAUAUAUA